AUGGUCACCUUGAAGUUGCCAGUGAUCCUUGCGGCGCUGACUUUGACGAAGACUGCACACUCUCUGCCCACGAGCGUGAACGACACAUCGCUCGUGCAGCCAGUCUAUUACCCUCUCGACUUGGGUUCUAUCAAGCCGCUGGGAUGGUUCAAAGACCAGCUCGAGCUCGAAGCAGCGGGGUUGUCUGGGAACAUGUUCGACUUCUAUCGUUUCGUCCAUGACUCGAAGUACAUAGGCGGAUCGACUGAGUACUCUGCCUUGGACGAGGCGUCGCCCUACUGGUUCAAUGGCCUUGUUCCACUCGCCUUUGGACUAGGUGAUGGGAGGAUCCGCGGCCAGGUCAAGUAUUACCUGGACUACAUCUUGGACCACCAGCAAGCCGAUGGAUGGAUCGGGUUUGAGACGACGCAAGCUACACGCGGGCUCUGGGCCCGAAGUCUGAUCCUGAUGGGACUGACUCAGUAUGCGGAGGCCGACCCGACCCAGACGGAGCGUAUCGUGGAUGCCAUGCAUCGCUAUGUCGUUCUCGCGCACAACAUGCUGAAGAAUAACUACACAGGUCUCCUCGUGCACGGUAAUGACGCUUUCGAUACCGCUGGGUGGGGUGUCGGGCGCACGCAUGAGAUGCACAUCCCUUUGCAAUGGUUGUUGGAGCGCUAUCCGCGGGACAACACCGCUAUCAUCUGGGAGACCAUGGACCUCAUGAUAGAGGGCGGUGUCCUUUGGGGAGCCGACUGGAGGACGUUCUGGACCGACGGGGCGUAUCCCAAGGUCUACUACGAUACCACCCCAUACGAUCUCAGCUGGGUAUUCCUACAUGGGGUCAAUAUGGCUCAGGGAUUGCGAUAUACCCUCUCGCUAUACCGCAACACUGGCGACCCUGCACUCAAGGCACAGACACGGAAAGCGGUCGAUUUAUUGGCGACGUACCACCGCUCGCUCGCCGGCACCAUUCUUGCCGACGAGUAUAUCUCGGACUUGAAUCCUAGUCGGGGCGCUGAGCUGUGCAUAGCAGCCGAGGUUAUGUUUUCCGCUGCGUAUAUUCACCAGUAUCUUGGGCACAACGACAUCGCCGACUGGGCUGAACAGACGGCUUUCAACGCCUUCCCGGUCUCUGUUUCUGCUGAUUGGUGGUCACAUCAAUACGUGCAGCAAGAAAACCAGCCCUGGUCGCGGAAUCUUGCCACAGAUGACUUGUGGUGGGAUGUCAACUCGUACGGGAAUGUCUUCGGGCUGGAGCCGAACUAUGCAUAUCCGAAGUUCCUCGCGAACUCCUUCGUGACGACUUCAGACGGUGGACUAGCGCACGUCUUCCUCAUUCCUGGAAGCGCAGCUGUGAGCUUAGGGAAGGACGGAGCGAACACAGUGUUCGUUUCCGCCAACACGACGUACCCUUUCGGCAACACGAUCACCUACACCAUCUCCGCGACAUCGCCAUUCAGCUUUUACGUUCGCAUCCCAAUGUGGGCAGACUCCAACACCACCAUUGAUGCCAUGAACGUCGCCCCCAACGACAAGGGACUACAUAAAAUUGAGGUUCCCGCUGGCGAAAGUACGGCAUCCGUGCAGCUCUCGACAUCCCCUCGUGUCGUGCCACGAGCCAACAACACAGCAGCCAUCUACUACGGCGCCAUCCUAUACGCGCUUGCGAUCGACUACGAUGAGGUGUCCUUUGCGCCGAUAAACUACCGCAGUGAAGAGGUACUCGUAGCGAAUACCACCGACCCCCUGGGCCGGACGAAAGACUUCAGGCUCACGCCCAAGGCAGGAACGACAUGGAACAUCGCAAUCGACCCGAGUCAGAUCGAAGUCGUCCAGACGUCCUCGACGGAGAACCUAAACAACCCUAUCUGGGAGCUUGGAGCACCGCCUGUAGAGCUGAGGGUGGCGGCUGUGGAGAUCGACUGGCCUGUUGUGCUGGAUACGGCGGCGGAUCCGGGGACAUUCGAUGUGACGCCGAAGGGUGAGCCGUUUGCUGCUCGAUUUGUGCCGUAUGGGAGUAGUAAACUGCAUAUGGCGCUAUUGCCUGUGGUCCGGUUGGAUCAGGUGGACUUGCAAGUUUGA